UCCGGCCAUGGAGCGCGCUGCCGCUCUGACGGACAUGUACGACCAGGCGUUGCUGGGCAUCUUGCAGCAUGUGGGCAACGUGCAGGAGUUCCUGCACGUCCUCUUCGGCUUCCUCUACCGCAAGACGGACUUCUACCGCCUCCUGCUGCAGCCGGGCGACCGGCUGGGCUUCCCUGCGGGCGUGGCGAAGAGCAUGGCUGUCCGGGCAUUCAAAAAUUUUGAAGAUUUGGCCCGUCAAGAUGAUGAGAGAAGACAGCGCGAACUUGAGGAAAAGUUGAAAAAAAGAGAGGAAGAAGCCGCUGCUGCUGCUGCAGCAGAGAGGAUGAAGGUGCCCGUCGUGGCUGAGGAGGUUGAGAUCAGCUCAGUGGUGGAGCAGGACUCUGCAUCAGGUGAUGGAAAGGCUGCCGAAGCACCGGAGUCUGGUACAAUACAAGAGAAGGUAGAAACAGAAACGGCCAGCGCAGUGGCGACUCCCGCAGGAGCAGCUUGCCCCAUAGAAGCUCAGCCAACACAACCGCCAAAGAAACAGGAGCAUUUCCAGGCGAAUCCUGACAGUUACAAUGGAGCCGUGCGAGAGAAUUACGCCUGGUCCCAAGACUACAGCGACCUGGAGAUCAAGGUGCCAGUGCCAAAGCAUGUCCUGAAAGGCAGGCAGGUUUCUGUGGAUAUAGACAGUAGCUCCAUCCGUGUGGCAGUGCUGGAGGGAAGCGGACAGCGUGUGCUCAUGGAAGGCACCCUCACCCAUAAGAUCAACACGGAGAACUCUGUCUGGAGCUUGGAACCAGGGAAGUGUGUCCUCAUUAACCUGAGUAAAGUAGGUGAAUACUGGUGGAAUGCCAUCUUGGAAGGGGAAGAGCAGAUUGACAUUGAUAAAAUCAAUAAGGAGCGGUCAAUGGCUACUGUGGAUGAAGAGGAACAUGCUGUGUUGGACAGACUAAGUUUUGACUACCACCAGAAGUUGCAGGGCAAGCCCCAAAGCCAUGAGCUGAAAGUCCACGAGAUGCUGAAGAAGGGCUGGGAUGCUGAAGGCUCCCCUUUCCGGGGCCAGAAGUUUGAUCCUUCCAUGUUCAACAUCUCUCCUGGGGCGGUGCAGUUUUGACGAUGGGCGAAGAACCAACGUGCC